AUGCCUGAGGUGGCAGCUCCGGCUAAGGGUGGUGCAAGGUGUCAAAGCAGUCGCUGUCUAAAGUUACCAAGAAGCGGAGGAAAUCUCGCAACCAGAGCUAUUCCGCUUACAUAUACAGGGUGCUGGACCCAGGUCCACCCUUCCAACAGGAUCUCAUUCAAGGCCAUGAGUGUCAUGUACUGCUUUGUUGUCGACAUUUUCAAAUGCAUCGCCUCCGAGGCUUCGCACCUCAUUCACUACAACAAGCGCCACACCAUCUCAACCAGAGAGAUCCAGAGCACCAUCCACCUCAGGCUGCUAGGGGAACUGACUAAACACACCAACUCCAAAGGCACGAAAGUGGUCACCAAAUACGCCAACUCCAUUUAG